AUGGGAUUACCAGUGAAUACAGCAGAUCUUCCGAACAAUGGCCACAUCCUGGAUAGCCUUCCCCAUUCAACCAGUGAAUACGAGUAUCGGGGAAAGAAACGCUUCUGGGAUACCAUUGAUGCAGAAUUGAAUCUAUUCAUGAAUGAUAAAGUGGGAGCCAGAAGCCAAUAUGUAGUAUUUUCACAUUUGGAUGAACAUAAAUUUCUCAAGGAUAUCAACUCAGAGGGUUUCAAAUACUUCGAUUCCUAUGAUGCACACUCGAAAAUCCUCCUCAUCAAAAUGCCGACCAAGGCACAUGAGCAAAUUUCCAGGAAGUUCGUCAGCGGGUUGGUCGUCAAACUAUCCCGCAUGAAGGAUGGUCUCCAAGAUGAAUUGCACGAAAUGGGAUCCGCCGAUGUUGAUCUAACGUCACGGCGCAAGCAACCUGACCAGUCAUUUUGCCCUGUAACCCUCCCACCGAGCCGCAGCGAUAAGUUUCCGACCAUGAUUAUCGAGGCAGCAUUCUCCGAAUCCAAAACAAAAUUGCGCAGCAAUACGAAGCUGUGGCUGGUCGAAUCAAAGGGCGAUGUAAAAAUCGCGCUCAUUAUGUCUACGAGCAAAAAGCGAAAGGAGGUAACGUUUGAAUUAUGGCAGACGUUUGGGAGGGCGACUCGAAAUGAGCCUGGGAAGAUAGUUGCUGAGCUCAAACAGACAGUGACUGUAGAGGAACAUGGCGGUCAUGCCCGAGCCAGUGGGAAGUUGACUAUUCCCUUUGAGGAUCUUUUCUUGCGAAGCGCUGUUCUUCCUGAAGAAGACAUUGUCUUCACAGAGCGUGAUGUUGUGAAGAGAGCAUGCCAGGUCUGGGCCGUGCAGAAGUUCUGA